AUUAUAAUAUAAAUAAACAAAUAAAAUAACGCGUCCUCUCUUUUUUUUUUUUGCUCAAAAGUCUAAACCCUUGGUAUCGAAGCAUUUGGUUUAACAGUUUGAAUCUUCAAUUAAUCUCAGAUUUAGAUCGAGAGAGACCAAAUUGAGAGCAAGAUCUUUGCAUUGUUCAUCUCUUGCUUUGUAAUGCCGUUGUUCUUCAUCGUAACCGACUCGGUGGACGCGAUCAAUUGACUCGUUCUCUUUUGGAUCCUUGUUGACUCGGCGAGCUUGGCUUAGGAGACAUGGGAGGUGUGCCUUCAACGCCGCGAAAAACCGGUGGUGAUGAUGUUUCGGUGGCCGAGUACCUCAUUGCCACUUUUGUUGGGGAGAAAUCGUUUCCUUUAGCGUCUGAUUUCUGGAACAAGCUACUUGAGCUUCCGUUGAGUUCUCGCUGGCCUAGUGAUCGGGUUCAACAAGCCUGUGAACUUUUCGCACAAAGUAAUGGCUACACUAGGCACCUUGCAAAACUAUUGAUUCAUCUGUCCUGGUGUUUGCAAGAGCUUCUUCAAGCUUCAGAUGAUCAGUCUUCUCUCUAUAAGAAAGCUGUUAAUGCAACAUAUAUUUCAUCCGUCUUUUUAAAGUAUUUGAUUGAGAAUGGAAAAAGUGACAGUCUUCAGGAGUUGCAUCUUUCUCUGGACGAAAGUGAACCAGUUCCACAUGGAUUUGUAAUGGAUCAAGACAUCCAAAAUUUUGUCAUGCAUAGUGUUCUGAGCUUCAUUGGAUCAAAUGAAGUGAGUCCCAACUCGUAUGUUCUACAUCAGGAACUUCUCAACUUCAUGCUUGUUACAAUGUCGACACAGCUUCUCUCUGGACCUUCACAUGGACCAACAGAUGCGAACCCUUUUAUUGAUGCAGCAAUGACUCAGGAAAAGUCUCUAGUUUCUCUAGUAGUCAGAAGGUUGCUACUUAAUUAUAUUUCCCGACACCGUACUCCUCCAAAUGCAAAAUCCUAUAUGUAUUCUGAUGGAGAUUCACAAGGCAUUUUAGAGAGAGUUGGUUCUGCAGCUGCAAGUUUAGUGCUCUUGCCUUUGAACUAUCUUGUAAGUAACAGUGGCGGAUCUAAAAAUCCACUAGCGGAGUGCAGCCUGCAUGUUUUACUUAUCCUAAUUAACUAUCACAAGUCUAUCAUGAGUGAUGAGUCUAUGACGGAUAAAAGUGAUGACAGUGCGACCUCAGAAUCAGUUUCUAAAGUCCAUGUAUUUUCCUCUGACAAUACUUUUAGCAAGGCUCUAGCAAAUGCUAGAGAUGUUGAAUUUGACCGCUCAGAUGUGGAGGGAAAUGCCCACCCUGCUGGUCCACAUGUUCGGAUACCAUUUGCUUCACUAUUUGAUACUCUCGGCAUGUUUUUAGCUGAUGAGGGCGCCGUCUUGCUCCUCUACUCAUUGUUGCAAGGGAAUUCCGACUUUAAGGAGUAUGUGUUGGUGCGAACUGAUUUGGAUACUUUGUUGAUGCCCAUCCUGGAGACGCUGUAUAACGCUUCAAAGAGAACAUCAUCUAAUCAAAUAUACAUGAUGCUAAUUGUACUUCUCAUACUUAGUCAGGAUUCAUCUUUCAAUUCAAGCAUUCACAAGAUGAUACUGCCAAGCGUGCCAUGGUACAAGGAGCAUCUCCUUCAUCAGACGUCUCUUGGUUCCUUAAUGGUCAUUAUUCUCAUAAGAACAGUGCAGCAUAACCUUUCUAAACUUCGGGAUGUGUAUCUGCAGACUACUUGCCUUGCUACGUUGGCUAACAUGGCACCUCAUGCCCAUCAUUUAAGUGCAUAUGCCUCACAGAGGCUUGUCAGCCUUUUCUACAUGCUUUCUCGAAAGUAUAACAAGUUAUCGGACUUAACAGGUGAUAAGCUCCAAAGUAUCAAAAUAAACUUGUCCGGAGAGGAUGUUGGCGUUUCAGAAGAUCUGGCAGCAGAGUUGCAGAUCUUUACUGAUUUCCUGAGACUUGUCCUAGAUAUAUUAAAUGCAAUUUUGACGUACGCAUUGCCGAGAAAUCCUGAGAUUGUCUAUGCGAUUAUGCACCGACAAGAAGUGUUCCAACCUUUCAAGAAUCAUCCACGGUUCCAUGAACUGGUGGAAAAUAUAUAUACAGUAUGCUGCAUAGGCUUUACUCGUUUGAUCUUUGUAGCUACGACUUCCUCUUAAAAUUCAGAAAGAACAGAGUUUCUGAUUGAUCUAUUUGUUUCUCACUUGCCUAACUGAUCAAAUAUAGGUCUUAGACUUUUUCAACAGCCGCAUGGAUUCUCAAAGAUCAGAUCGAGAAUGGUCAGUGCAGAAAGUUCUUCAAUUCAUCAUCAACAAUUGCCGGUCUUGGCGAGGUGAAGGCAUGAAGAUGUUUACUCAGCUUCACUUCUCAUAUGAACAAGAGAGCCACCCGGAAGAGUUUUUUAUUCCAUAUGUUUGGCAACUAGCUUUUUCCCGAUGUGGAUUCGGUUUUAACCCAGACGCCAUCAACUUAUUCCCAGUGCCACACCCAGUUGAAGUAAGUACCUAAUUCCAUCCAAAAGUUAGCCUUUGACUGAAUCUCGUACUUUCUGCGUUUUGCGUUUGCAUGAGGAAACAUUGCAAUUGAUGUUAUGGAUUCACUAGAGUUAAUACACAACCAACGCAAACACAAGUACACAACAAUCACUAGGGUUAGAUCGUUCCUUGUAAGUUUUGGAAGUGGCACUUGAAUUGAUCCUUCCAACGGAAUAUGUGCAGAAAGAGAUAGAAGACGAAAGAGGAGAAGAAUCAGAAGGGAAAGCGAAGGUACAAGAGUUGAACGAACAGAGAAUCGUCUUCGACCCAUAAAUAUUUUUCGAUAUAGGAGAGCUUGGAUUGGGGCCGUAUGUGUAUAUAUUUAUACGGUUUAGGGUUCAAAUAAGAAAAAAAUACCAAAAAGACGUUAAUUACUUUAUCCAAUUUAUAUGUUUUUUUAACAAUGUAGCUUUCAGUCUAUAGAUUUUAUUUCAAUCCAUUAAUAGGUAUCCUCUCUUGUGUAAUAACGAAUUGAGCUUAUGGAGUCUUAAACCAAAUAUUUUCCAUAACCUCGGAAAAGUUAACCUUGCGAAAGUUAAAAUGAUCUUACAAA